AUGGCUACAAAAACAAGCAAACCUGGUCCUUAUCCUUCAGGGUCUCGUGACUGGAGUGAAAGACGAUCAGGCCAAUCACAUUCCUCUUCCAAUGAAGAUAUACCAACCUCAGCUCCUUCAUCAAUGACUCAUGGGGGGAGUGGCAGUUCUAUGUCAAAUGAAAUGAAUCGUAUGACAGAUGUCAGUCCACAACGUAGCUUUGAACGAAACAGACAAGAGAAGAAGUUUGCUAAUAAUCGUGCUCGUCUCUACGUUGGUAACUUACCUCGUGGUAUUUCAGAAGCUGAAUUAAAGUUAUUAUUUGAUCCUCAUGGUGAGAUGACACAAGUAUUUAUUGAGAAAGAUAAAAACUUUGGCUUUGUGAGAAUGGCAUAUAGAAGUAAUGCUGAGAAAGCUGUAGCUGCACUUAAUGGUCAGACCAUAAAAGGACGAGAAAUAAGAGUCCGUUUUGCUGCUAGCAGCUGCUCAGUAAAAGUCACUAACUUACAUCCAACUGUCUCCAAUGAGUUACUACAUGAUGCUUUCUCCCAAUUUGGGGAGGUGGAGUUUGCUGUUGUUGUCACCGAUGAAAGGGGAAAAUCCCUUGGACAUGGUCUCGUUGAUUUUGCUAAGAAAUCACAAGCACUAACAGCUAUUGAAAGAUGUCGUUAUGGAUGCUUUUUGUUAACUAAGUCACCCAUUCCAAUAUCUGUUGCUGAACUAGUAAGAGAAAACGAAGAGGAAGGAUUACCUGAGAAACAAAUAUCUAAAUCAAGUCAAUAUACUUAUGAGCGUGAAGCUCCGCCCAGAAUGGCUCAACCUGGUUCUCCAGAAUUUGAUUUUGCAAUGAGAUUUAAAGCACUUUACGAAAAUGAGAAAGCACGCCGUGAUGAACUGGACAGUCAAUUGAAAGAAACUCGUAAUCAACUUGAGACUGAAAUGGAGCAAUUUAAACAUCAUGAACAUGCUAAUAAUUGGCAGAAUAUCAUCAAAGAGCAAAUGAGACUUCAACAACGAUUACAAACACAUGAAGAAUUCAUCAAAGGAGGUCAUCCUCCAAUAGGUGCCCUCCCUCCUCCACCACACUCUCAUUUCCCUCAUAUGCCUCCUCCAUUACCUCCUGGGACGGGGGGACCUCCCUUAAUGCCCCAACCUUUGCUUUCAUUGGACAACGAUGGUCGACCUGAUGGGUUUGCUAUGAUGGGAAGUAACCCUUUAUUACCUCCAAGGGGAGGUCCUCAUAUGCCACCUGAUCGUAAUCAACCUGCUUUUCUCCUUCCUGCUCCUGUAGGACAGGUUGGUGUUGAUGAUGGAGUAAUUGAUGUCCGUGGAGAAUAUUCUGGUGGUAUGGUUGAUGAAGUUAAAGCAAAGAAGAUCAAUGACCCUAAAAACAGAGCCAAUGAAGUUAAAUUGUUUGAAGUUUGA